AUGGAGGAGACCAUUCAAAGACAGAACGCAGAGAUCAAUCAACUGAGGCAGCAAGCUGGGCCACCUGUAAGGUCUGAAGCACCAAUGGUUAGUCAGCCACCUGCCAUCGUAGGGUUACCAGUUGCAGAGAAUCGUAUGGAGCCUUUGUUUGAAAGGUUUCGAAAGCAACACCCACCAGUGUUUGAAGGCAGCAUCGAUCCUGUCCAGGCAGAGGAGUGGAUCAGUGGGAUGGAGAGGAUCUUGAACAUGAUGGGAGUUCAAGGAAAUGAACGAGUGGUGUGCACAUCUUUCAUGCUGAGAAAAGAUGCUCGGAUUUGGUGGGAGGUGGUGGAGCAAUCACGGGAUGUUAACACUAUGGAUUGGGACGGAUUCAAACAGGUGUUUAAUGAUAAAUACUACAACUCAGCAGUGUUAGCAGCAAAAAUGGAUGAAUUUACCAAGCUGACUCAAGGUAAUCUCUCGGUGACAGAAUAUGCACAGAAGUUCGAUCGGUUGGCGAAGUUUGCCAAGGAUCUUGUACCUACUGACAAGGUACGAGCGGACCGGUUUGUGAGAGGUCUAAAACCAAUGAUAGCUCGGGAUGUAGAGAUUUUUUCUAGAGGUGCUUUCACCUAUGAUGAAGUGGUGGAAAUGGCUCUUACAGCUGAAAGAAGCGAAGAGAGAAUCUGGAAAGAUAAUGCUGCUAGAAGAGAUGCUAAGAAGAGUGGGGCAGCCACCUCCACUGACAAUAGGAAAAGGGGACAGGACCAGCCAAGCCAAGCCAGAAAUGAUAAACGGCCCAAGCCCAACAAUGACAACCGUCCUGGUGGAAAUGGUAGAAGAAACAUUCCACCUUGCCCUAAGUGCACAAAACGCCAUCUUGGUGAGUGCAGAUCUGGAGUUUGCUACAAAUGUGGGAAGGAAGGUCAUGUGAAGCGUAAUUGUCCGACAUGGGAACAAUCUGGCAGUAAGAAAGAACAGAAGAAGGAUGACAAGUACGUCCCAGCCAGAGUCUUCACCAUCACCCAAGCUGAAGCUGAGGCAAGUCCUUUCGUUGUAACAGGUCAAAUCCCUAUGGCCAAUAUCACAUGUAAAGUUUUAUUUGAUUCUGGUGCAUCAGACUCUUUUAUUUCUAGUAGAACUGUAAAUGUUGUAAAUGCACCUAGUGAAAUAUUUAAUGUGGGGUUUGGGACUAUGUUACCUUCUGGGGAAAUUGUAAUAUCUAAAAAUUGGGUUAAAGCAGUACCUUUAUGGAUAGGUGGGAGGGAAUUGUAUGUAGACCUGAUUGUAUUAGAUUUGUAUGAUUUUGAUGUAAUUCUGGGGAUGGAUUUUCUUUCCAAAUACGGGGCAUCUAUCGACUGCAAACGCAAGAAAGUGGUCUUUGCACCGGAAGGCGGAGAUCUGUUUGAGUUCGAAGGCAUAAGCAAGAAACCCAAAACUCCUAUCAUAUCAGCGAUGAGAGCUAGAGAAAUGUUGCAACACGGAUGUUUGGGGUAUCUCGUGAACAUUGUCAAUGAAACCGAAGAGACAGAAAGGAGACCUGAAGAGACAAGAGUUGUAGCUGAGUUCCUCGAUGUUUUUCCAGAAGAACUGCCAGGUUUACCUCCGCACAGGGAGAUAGAAUUUGUAAUUGAUUUGAUGCCCGGGACAACGCCAGUAUCUCGAGCACCAUACAGAAUGGCACCAGCAGAAUUGAAAGAGCUCAAAACUCAAUUGGAGGAAUUACUAAAGCUGGGGUUCAUCAGACCGAGCUAA